UAUAACUACCUAUUUUGUUUCUGAAGGAGGAAAUGGAUGAGCUAAAAGUGUUUGAGAUGCCUCCAUCUUGGGUGACUAAAAUAGACAUUUCACCAGCAGAUAUGGAAUUGCGUUAUCCAGGGGGUAUGAAGGUUAUUGAGUACAGGAAAGCCAAGCUGGAGAAGUUUGCCCCUUAUCUUUUAAAAGAUGGUCUGGUGACCAAACUCACCACUUAUAAAGACCUCGAUUGCACACAAGCCAGCACUAUUAAGGAAUGGUUCAAACAUCGAAGUGAUCAUCUUGACGAGAGAGAACUACACACAGACAGCAAUGUGACAACUGAGCAUUUCAGGCCUGGAAGAAGUGAUGCUCUCAAAUACCACAGGUACGUCACUUUAGUUCCUGAGACGGAGCGUCAGAUGGACUUUUAUAGUCAUAUUCGCACAGAUGGUCUAGCCAGGAGAAUCGAGAAGCCUUUCGAAAUGACAGAAACCUUUGAAGAUCGCACUGACUUCCUCUUUUAUCGACAUGCUGUUUACGGAAAGCAAAUCAAAGUGAUUCGGGCUGGAGAGGCUCUUGAACAACGGCCUCUACAGAGGGUGGAGGAGCUGUUUCACAGAGAUCAUUCUAAGCCGGCAAGUAAAGAUGUGGCUGAACGCAUCUUUAUGGUGUCGGACAGACGGAUCCAGGUGACCUUUCAUCUCGAGGACGACAGGAUCAUCCCAGCUUGGCUCAACUUCAUCAAACCCAAAGAAGCGGCAGACUCACAGAAAGCACAAGCUUUUACGCCACAGAUGGUGUCUGGCUUUCAGGUGGAUCCUUCUACGAAACCCUACAAGAACUUGCAGUUAUAUGAAAUGCUUGUGGAAUUGAUGAGAGAAGAGGAAAAUGUUGAACUUCGUAUCAGAGAUUCAGAAAAAGAGGUUAGGUCCAUCCUUUCUUCAAGAGAAAAAGAGGACAGUAAUACUGACAUGCUGAUCUCUAUCUACAACCCUACGAGGAACGAAACGGCCCGUCUGCACAUGGAAGAAAAGGAACGUAUGGCUAAAGAAAAGAAGCAGCGGCAGAAAGAGAAAGAGCUGGACCUACUGGCUCCAUCCCAGGUCCGACUGGGACUCCCAGAAGUCCUCACACGCCAGGAUGCGCUUCAGCUGAAGACAGACUGUCUGAAUGAGUUUAAACAGCAGCUCUUUAACAAAGCCAGCCUCAUCCAGAGCAGAAUCGAAAAGGAGACAGAGGAGUUGCAGAAGAAGCAGCUGUGGUACCAGAAGAACUAUCUCACUAUGUCCAAUGAGGACGAGGACGAUUACCUGGCCUACUGCUCUGAUGCCAUGUUCAGGAUCCACGUUCUCAAAAUGAGACUCAUUCG